AUGGGGAAUUUUUUUCUGAAAGAAAAAAAUUGUGAUAUUAUUAGAAAAAAGGGAGAUAUAUUAAACAUAAGAAAUUUUAAAGCAGUACAUGUUGAAACAUUUUAUCCUCCAUCAAAAAAAUCCAGAAAAAUAUCAGUGUGCAGGUGUUGGAAAUCAAAUAAUUUCCCAUAUUGUGAUAAUACUCAUCAAAAAUUGCAACAACAAGGAAUAGUUUGCGGUCCUUUACUCUUAGAAAUAAGAAGGAACAACAGUGCAAAUUCGUAUUAA